AUGCUUGAUGAAUUAGUAAAGACGCAUUUGGAUCGUAUACAAAAGCAAUUAGAUAAUUAUCGAAGAUAUCCACAACAGACUGAUGACAAAAUGCUUGAAAAUCAUUUAGAGCUGAACUAUGGAAGAUAUCAUAGAGCUUAUGAAAAGCUUAAGGCAUUGAAACAACCUUUGGAUUCAGAUAAACAAUCUACUCAAAUGACUUCUGAAAAUCCCAAAAAUGAUAUGGAUAAUUUUAUGAAAUUUAUGAUGCUUCAACAGCUACAGCAGCAAAAUGUGUUAUGGCAGUCAGCAUUACUGAAAACAUUUUCUAAAGAAGAUCGUGUACAAUACAUGAUGCAGUAUCCUCCAAUGGAUUUUAUGAGAUAUCAGAAUGCUGAUACUGAGAAGAAACAAUUAGCAAUUGAAAGUAAAACGAAUGAUAAACGACCAGAAAUUGCAAAAAAUUCUUACGUAUUUCAAGAUCACGAAAAUGCUAGAAGAUUACGUAUUUUCGGUUAUAUUGAACUAUUUGCAAUCAUUAUGAAGAAGUCCGUCAAUCAGCCACCUUUCAGCUUAUCAAAAGCAGAAAAUUUCGGUGUAUUACUACGCCAUUCAAUACAGAAUGCAGCCGAUUACUUAACAAAUGUGGAUAAUUCACUUGGAAGUAAACUGGAAUUAAUGAAUUCAGAGAAAGGCUAUCAAUUUCACUUACUGCUGGAUGCAAAGUUGGACAGGAAUAAGAAGAAGACAUUGAAAACAGAACUACUACAAUUUCUUGAUUGUAUAUUAACUGAAAUAACUAAAAACAUGUCAACGAAGCCGUUAUUCGCCGUUACAAGGAAUUCAGCGGUUUAUGCGAUGCUUUUAAAAGGUCAAGUGUACCCUAAAAACUACUUCAUUACACUGGAACUGAGCUACAUAAAUCUAACCGAAUCAAAUACAUUACGUGCAGUUACACUGCUAGAAGCAAAAAUACUACUAUUUGGGUUAAUUUUCCUUAGAGUUCUGAUAUUAAAACUUUUCUUAGGUUAUGAAUUAGGUUCAUCUAGUGAAGCUGCGAAACAGAAUAGAGUUUCAAUGUGUAGAAAGGUGAUUGCAUCAGUCUGUGUUUAUAUCUAUCGAAAAAUUAUGACUGAAAUUACAAGUGAGCGUGUUCGAAAAUCACAAGUGGCAAUACCAACGGAAAUAGAGGCAAUGAUUCUAAAUGAUGCUGAAAUGAAAGAAGUGUAUCGGAUAGUCAAUGGUGCUACCUUAACAAACUUUAUCGGGAAAUGCAAACAAUGGCUACAAGAAUAUGCAAGUGGUUUAUUAGCCUUAUGA